GUCGAAACGAAGAUGAAUUUCUUUGGUUACAAUUAUCGCAACCAAGAGUGAGUAACUUUCCUCGAAUUUAGAGGUUUGCGAUACUGCGGGUAUUGUAUUUUAGUGGGGUUCCAGUGUUUUUAACUGCUUUAUAAAAAGUAAAAAAGCGUGUGAAAUGAGUAGAUUCUUUGCUGGUUCAGACUCAGAUUCCGAGAGCUCUUCUGGAGAGGAACAAGUUCAACGUCCGCAGGUUCCGGUGUACACCUUCAGCGAUGACGAGGAGGAAGUUAAGCGCGUCGUACGGUCCGCCAAAGAGAAACGCUAUGAAGAAUUGACCAACAUUAUUAAACAAAUUCGUAACUACAAAAAAAUCAAGGAUAUGUCCAGCAUGCUUAACAGCUUCGAGGAUUUGCAAAAGGCUUUUGUGAAAGCUGCGCCAGUGAUUGCAAAAGAGGAGAAUGGUCAGAUCCCAAGGUUUUUUGUGAGAUGUUUGGUUGAGUUGGAGGAAUUCAUCAACGAAGUUUGGGAAGAUCGGGAAGGUCGGAAGAAUAUGAGCAAGAAUAACAGCAAAUCCUUGACUUCGAUGAGGCAGAAGUUGAGAAAGUACAUCAAAGAUUUUGAUGAUGAGAUAGCAAAGUUUAAGGAAAAUCCGGAUCAGCCUGAUUAUGACGAAGAAGAUAAUGAUAAACAGGAAGUCAAAUCAGACUCGGAAACCGAGCACGUCAGCACUCAAUUUAUGAAAACGCCGGCGGUAAAGGAACCAAAAGAGAAAGACGAAUCUUCCGAUUCGGACGAUUGGCCGUCCGAUUCCGAUUCCAGUUCAGACUCUUCCGAUGAUGAUGAAGGCAAAUACACCAAUAUGAGGGAGAGGUUCUUAAAACGGAACAAAGAAGACGACGAGGAAAAGGAGCGCAGGAAGGAAGAAAAACGCAAGGAGAGGAAAGAGAAGGAAAGGCGGAAGUUAAAGCGUGAGGCGGAAGAGGAGGACGCGGAUGGAGAGGGAUGGGAAAAAGUGAAAUACGGAAUCGCCAUACCGAGUGAAAAGCCCAAAAUGUUCGCCAAAGACGCCGAGAUCGAUCUGAAUUUGGUAAUAAAAAAGCUGAGCGAGGUGAUGGCCGCGCGGGGUAAAAAACGCACAGACAGACGCGAGCAGAUCGAGCUCUUGCAUGAGCUGCAGGCAAUCUCGGACCAGCACAAGCUGGGGCCCGCCAUCUUCGCGAAAAUCAAAUUCGCCAUCAUUUCCGCCAUCUUCGAUUACAACCCGAAGAUUUCGGACGCAAUGAAACCCGAAUAUUGGAAUAAACUGCUCGAUCGCAUGUCCGAGAUGCUCGAUAUCUUGUUGGCCAAUCAAAACCUCACCGUGUCCGAGUCGGUGCUCGAGGAGAACGAGACUUUGGACGAGCCCCCAUACAGAAUAAGGGGCUGCGUCCUGACCGCAGUUGAGAGGUUAGACGACGAGUUUACGAAGUUAUUGAAAGAAUGCGACCCGCACAGCAACGAAUACGUCGAGCGUUUGAAAGACGAGACCCGAGUGUCCGACAUAAUCGACAAAACGAUGAGAUACAUGGAGAGAACGAACGUGCCGUCGGAGCUGUGUCGCGUUUACUUGAGGAAAAUCGAGCAUUUGUAUUACAAGUUCGACCCGAGGGUGUUGCAACAAAAGGCAGGUGAGCUCUCCAAAGAGGUCGUCACUUCAGUCACUGAGAUGGAAAAACUCUGCAAGUACAUCUACGCGAAAGAUAACACUGACAGGUUGAGGACGAGGGCCAUCUUAUCCCACAUGUACCAUCACGCUCUGCACGACAACUGGUUCCAGGCACGGGAUUUGGUACUAAUGUCCCAUCUGCAAGAGACGAUCCAGCACUCGGAUCCGAGCACCCAAAUCCUUUACAACCGCACGAUGGCGCACCUCGGGCUGUGCGCGUUCCGCCACGCGAAUAUCAAGGACGCACACAACUGUCUGGUCGAUCUGAUGAUGACCGGCAAGCCGAAGGAACUGCUCGCUCAAGGGCUGCUGCCGCAACGCCAGCACGAGCGCAGCAAGGAGCAGGAAAAGAUCGAGAAACAGAGACAGAUGCCGUUCCACAUGCACAUCAACCUCGAACUGUUAGAGUGUGUGUACCUGGUGUCUGCCAUGCUGAUCGAAAUCCCGUACAUGGCCGCGCACGAGUUCGACGCACGCAGGCGCAUGAUCUCCAAGACAUUCUAUCAGCAGUUGAGGUCAUCGGAAAGACAGAGUCUGGUCGGACCACCGGAGAGCAUGCGCGAGCACGUGGUAGCUGCCGCGAAAGCGAUGCGCAACGGCAAUUGGCUCGCCUGCAACAACUUCAUCAUCAACGACAAAAUGAACACGAAAGUGUGGGAGCUGUUCUACCAGGCAGACGCAGUGCGAGCGAUGCUCACGAAACUGAUCAAGGAAGAAUCCCUGAGGACGUACCUGUUCAGUUAUUCCCAUGUGUACGAUUCGAUAUCGAUGCAGACUCUCGCCGACAUGUUCGAGUUAGAGAAGCCCGUCGUUCAUUCCAUCAUUUCAAAGAUGAUCAUCAACGAGGAACUGAUGGCUUCCCUGGACGAUCCGACGCAAACGGUGGUGAUGCAUCGCAGCGAGCCGUCGAGGCUGCAGUCGUUGGCGUUGCAGCUCGCCGACAAGAUCAACAAUUUCGUUGACUCGAACGAGAGGAUUCUGGAGACGAAACAGGGCAACUUCUUUUUGCGCGCCAAUCAGAGCAACUUCCGGGGCGAACGUCAAAACUACAGGGGUGGGAAUCAGCAGAACUGGGACAGACAACGCAGAGAUCACAGGAAAGAUUAUUAAAAAGUUUUGAGAUUUCUUUGUUUUUUUUUUUUCACACCCCUUAAUGGGUUGUAAUCGUUCCAUAAUAAAUAUUUACAGAAUA